CCUAUUUACAAUUUCUUUGAAAGUUGGACGGAUAGUUUCAGGUCGUAUAAAAUUCAACUGGGUUGAAAUCACACGUCUGGUUUGGGGAUGAAUCUGUUUUGAUAUCAUUUUGGCAGUCGAAAGUCAAGGAAUUUCCGACUGAGUGAGUCCAUUUCCAUCCGGUCUUCCACUAUAUCCACUCUUUUUCCCCUCUUCCGAAGAAAACGAGGUGAAAUUCAAGGAUGGAUCGUCGAUCCUCGGCAAACGGCCGCGUAUAAUCUCAGGGGGCGAUUCAGAAUGGUUUCCCCCAGUGAGUCAACCUCAUGUGCUAAAGUCAAAACAGAGCCGGUUACCGAGAGCCCCCACCAACAGAACUGGAGCCCUGGCCAAGAUAAGCCGGGUGUAAAUGUGAGAGGAGUCGAGUCAGUGUGUGACGACCAGCAUGAGCGAGUUGAAGCCGAAAUGAAAUACACGUCGAAAGCAAAAUUUAGGCAAUAUGCAGCCGCCAUCAUCGCUAAUAUGGCGUCCUUCUGCAUCGGGACUAUGUUGGGCUGGACUUCGCCUAUGCAGCCGCUACUGGAAUCGUCUGAGUCGCCGGUGGGGCAGCUAACGAGAGAAGAGAUUUCUUGGGCAGGAUCUAUCAAUUUCAUCGGUGCCAUCGCCGGAACCUUAUUCUGGGGACGGCUUUCAGAUUGGCUAGGCAGGAAGUGCACCGGUCUGAUCGUCGCAGUACCAUUCGCCGUAGGCUGGUUCAUCAUACUCCUCGCGCCGUCUAAAAUCUGGCUCUACGUCGGCAGAGUAGCCAUUGGCCUCGGAUGUUCUGGGACUAUAAUCAACACGCCCAUGUUCGUCACGGAGAUCGCGGACGACGCGAUCAGAGGAACUUUGGGUUCCUUCCUCAUGUUUUCUUUAAACGUCGGAUGCCUUUUCUGCUACAUCGUCGGAGCGUUCACUUCGUACACCGUUCUAACGAGCGUCUGCCUGGCAGUCCCAGUUAUUUAUUUUGUUCUCUUCUUAUUCAUGCCUGACUCUCCGGCCUACCUCUUAACGAAAAAUAAGAAGACCGCAGCCGAGAAGUCACUUCUGUGGUACAGAGGAGGAGAUAUUGUCCGUACCGAAAAAGAUUUGACUUCUUUCCAAACCAGAGUAUGCCAAAAGAAAGCGAGUUAUUUCUCUUUGAUCGAGAAUAAAGGGAGGAUAAAGGGUAUGGCUCUGAGCCUCGGAUUCAUAGCCGGGCAGCAAUUCUGUGGCAUACUCGCCAUACUGACAUACAGCGUGACAAUUUUUAAGGAGUCGGGAAGCAGCAUUUCUCCGUAUCAUUCGGCCAUUGUUGUCGGAUCCUUGCAAUGUAUCGCGUCCUUCACCUCUUCGAUUUUAGUGGAUAAAGCAGGGCGGAGGGUGCUACUUAUGACUUCAUACUCCAUCAUGGCACUUUCGCUUUUGUCUCUAGGGACUUACUUCUGGUUUCGAGAUGUGCUCGGGCCCGAGUUUUCUUGGAUUCCCGUUGUAUCGCUCUCGUUCCACGUGAUUUCUUAUUCUUUAGGAGCGGGGCCGGUGCCUUUUAUCAUAAUGGCCGAGCUGUUUCCACCUAACGUGCGCGGGAUCGCCACGUCGACGAUACAGCUCGUUGGCACAUCUCUGUCCUUCGCUUCGGUGAAACUGUUCCCCUGGCUCAACGUUCUCCUCGGCACUAACGGUUGUUUCCUUUUCUUCGGCUUCUGCUGCAUCGCCCUCUUUUUCUUCACGUUCUUCUGUGUGCCCGAAACGAAAGGGAAGACGUUGCAGUCCAUCCUACGCAAGCUGAACGGUGAACCUCUGGACGAAGGGGAAAUGAUCACCAAAGUGAAUGCGCCCAUAAUCCAGGCAAAAGAAUUCAACGGGAAAUAACACGGCGAACAGUUUUGUUUUCAAAACUUCCAUGACGCAGUUUGUAUAUAGACUUUAAAGGACUUUUCGUAUAAUUUGUACUCUAUGAGUACCCUUCGUAAAAAUGUCGCAUUAGUAUUUUCUAUUCUUUCUUUUCAAUAAAAAAGAAGUUACUUAAAUGAUGUCAGACUGUGAUCAAAAAUGUACAUGUACUUUUUUUAAUUAAAAAAAAAAAAUGA